UCUCUCAGAUGGUCAUUGAAGAGGUCAAUUCUAUUCAGGAAAACCUGCAGAUUGAGAGGGUUUGUAGAGAGAGUGCAGAAUCGCUGGCUUCCAAGCUGAACCGUGAGAACCGCUCUCUGAAGAGGAAGAGCAUGUUGUUGUUGUCUCACCUCAGCCCAGAAACCAUCACAGAGAUCAACCUUCAGGAUGAAGAGGAGGAGAGUGGGAACCUUCAUGCAGCUGUCAAUGUCUGCGUCUCCGACGAGUGCCGCAACACCAUCUCAGAGCUUGAAAAUAAGUUGGACUUGACACUGAAGGAGAAAAAUCAAGCGAUCAGUGAUUAUGAGGUAGUAAGAGAACAACUGAGGGAAACCAGGGAGGAAUUGCUGAAAGAAAAACAUGAUAACACAGUUUUAAUUGCUGAGACACUGCAGCAAAAGAAGCUCCUGGGGAGAUAUAACAGAGUGUCUCAGUUUGCUGUGGAAGAAUACAGUGCUUUACAGGACACCUUGAACCUGGAGCGAGACCUGAGGACGGAGGCAGAGAACUUUGCCAGAACAAUGGUGGUGGAGCAAAAGAAGCUGAAGAGACAGAGUCAGAUCCUGAUAGAGAGCUCGUCGCUAAGUGAAGCUCUGAAGGAUGCUCUGAGCCAGGUUGCCAGACUGACAGAGGAUCUGGAGACACAGAGGCUGGAGCACCAGAACGAGGUCCGUCAGAUGGAAGACAGGCUAAGGAGCUGUGAGGCUCAGAAGGAGAUAAUGGCACUGAAGCGCAAACUGGAGCUUCUGGAGGAGGAGAGGAAGGAGUGCAGCAGCAAAUGCUCGAAGGCCGAAGUUGAGGUCAAGGAUCUGCGGUUUACAGUUGAAGAGCUCCAGAAGAAGCUGCAGGUCGCUACCAACCCACCACCAGCUCCUACACCUCCACCACCACCACCACCACCUCCACCUCCUCCAGCCCCAGCCACUGCUUCCAAUCCACUCAGCUCACUGUUGUCGCUGAUUCGAAAGAGAAGAGACAUCAGUGGUGACAUCCCACUGGUCAACCAGGACUCUCCCAAGACACCAGAAGUGGAUGUCAGGCAGCAGGCAGUGGAUGAAAUGAUGCAAAGGAUCAAGAAAGGCAUCCAACUUCGACCUGUCAGCCAGCCGCGUCAAAUACCAAGGAGACAGAUGGAGAGGCUGCCCUCUAAUUCUGCCAUUCAGGAACUUAAAGGAAUCAUGGAGAAUUUCAAUAGAACCUCCCCCAAACCAAAGGCAGCUUCUCCAUCAGCAAACCGCGAUGAGGAGCUGCAGAGGAUCCUGCUGCAACGGCGGGAUGCGCUGGAGUCCCAACACAAUGCUGGUCUCCAUCCCUUCCUCUCCCCUGCAGUGUGACGGGUGCCACCAGACGGAGCUCAGCCUCACAACUGUCUGCAUACGUAGUAGACUGGGUGUGGGUAACAGAUAAGAAUGAUUGAAAAUUACUAUCAUAACAUUAAAAUUUACUGUAUAUAUGCACAAUUCAUUUAAAAGAACAAUUUGACUAUAUUAUGAGGAGUCAGUCAUUCUGUCAGUGCAUUUCCUCAUCAGAAUGACGACAAAUCAGCAGUUCUUGUGGUUGUAAAUCAAGCCAGAGAUUACGCAUCGUGUGGACUAAGACCACAGAUUUGUUAGUCAUUUACAUUGAGACCGUUUCAUUUCAGUGAAAUGAAAGACGGGCGUCCUAUUCAGGGUUCAUUCAGGUCUUUUUCGACAAGCUCAGUUAAUUGUUUGGACUGUGAAGAAAUAGCAGAGCGGGUUUUGCAGCCUUGAGCUUUUGCCAAAGCAAAGUAUGUCUCUGAAUUGUUCUGUCUCGACCAGCGUUAACCUUGUAGCCUCCCAGUGAGCAAUUACAGACCUCUGUGGUAUAUUUUGUUUCCACUGUUCCCCUCGCUCACUCACCCACUAACUCACUCACGACCAUCUUAGGCUGCUAUUUUUUUUCCUGGCCUCCUCUUCACUGCAUCCCCCUGCAGUGUGUUCACCUAUUGUGCCUCAGGGAUUUACGUUGGUCUGUGGUCAUAUCCCUCCAAGGAUAUGCGACAAAUCAAGCAACUUUAAAAUUAUUUGCUCUGGUAGCCAAAAACAGACCUGCUUAAAAAGAAUGUGAUGUUGUACACAUGUUGAUAUGCACACACAUGUACUGUAUGUAUCAGCAAGACUUAUUUGCCACUUAUUUAAUGGGCUAAUCAGUAGCUGUCAAGUAUUGCAAAAGGUCCAGAACUGUAAACGCUUCAUAGUUUUGUAAGUGUUUAAGUGUCUUCGGGUAGAUUUUCGCUUGAAGCCUCAGUCAGGGGUGGGUGUAAGUCAGGCAUGGAGCAGAGGAUCCGCCUGCGCUCUUUGAAAAUCACAAUGACUGUGCUGCCGAUUUAGCCACAAUGGUGGGCAGCUCUCGUGUUGUUUUGUUUUCCCCGACACCUGCUUGCGUUUCCCAGACACUUCCCCGAGUGAGGGAGUGAAACAUGAGAGUUGUGAACUGUGGCCGAUGUCCAUCACCUAUUGUGCGCUGCUGUUAAUUAAAGCUUUAGGCUUCAUUUAGCACUGAGGUGCAAUUUCCAACUCCCAUUCGCCCCCCUCACACCGUGGAGGAAAUGUCAUUGUGUUUCAAAGUCUCUUCUCUAACCAGAUUCAUCGGCAACACGCUUCAAAGAGUCCCCUCCAUCUUCCACACAUUCAUUCAUUCAUUCCCCACUCCACUGAAGCAAAUGUCAGAGGAAGUCAAAGUCACACUCUAAUUUUAUUUAACAGCAGAUUUAGUCUCAACAGUGGACCUCGUAGAACCAGGAAAUUGUCUGAGUAGAUUCUCUAAACCAAUCAUUUGUGUAUAGAGAGCACAUUUGUAUUUGCCUGCUCCACUUGCUCAUGACCAAAGUAGCAUGAGGAUGUGAGGAUUAUCUUGGAUAACAUCUUGGAGGUUAGAGUGUGAGUGAGCAGUUGACUUGCUUGAGUGGAGUAAAAUGAAGAAAGAAGAGAAGGCCUUUGUAUUGAUUUAUGUGUCUGCCUCCUCAUAUCCUCCAUGUCUAAUGAGGUUCUUCUAGCCGAGGCCAUCCUGCCAUAGCUCAGUAUUAUGCCAACGUACAAUAUAGUGUUUGAUUCAGAGGGGGAGUGACGCAAGUGUCCUUUGGAUUUGCUGCCACGCUCUUCCUUUCCUCAGCAGAAACAAAGUCAAUGACUGGCUCGAUUCCUUGCUGACGUUGAUUGACGGAUGAUACACACAUCUCCGAUUGAGGCAAAACAUGCAAUUACACGAGCCAUGCUGCGUCCUUUUCUUCCCUCGGCCUCUUGUCCGCGGCCACCGUCCCUUCUCCCUGCUCCAUCUCUUCCCUCGUCAUCAGGCCGAUACAAUAUAAUGUUUUGUUGUUUUUGUAUUUUCGUCCCUUCAGGGACCAGCAAUUACAGGGGUCCUUUUAGUGCGUCUAGGAAACACUUAAUUUGACCUAUUUUGUUAGUCAUUUCAUUUAUUUUCCCAAACACAGUAAUUGCCUGCCAGGGAGCCACUGUUGAGACUCUGCUGUGUGUCCAGCUUCAGUUUGUGUCUGCACGUGUCAUUGAUUAGAGGUUGUCUUCGCGAGCUGACAUUUACAGCAACACUGAGUGUGAGCUGCCAAGAAGCCAAACAGAAUGCAACAGAAAGUUACCAACUGCAGGACAUUUGUCAUUAAAAUACACAUUCAAUUUGGAGCUGCUGUAACUUAUAAGUCAUCGAAAAAUAAAAGAAACAUGUAAACCAUAAUGAGUUCAGUUGAAUUGUUGUUCAAAAUAAAAACAAAAUAUAUGUUUAACAAUACACCUGAAAAGUAGCCGUGAUGGGCCAUGUGUAACAGACAAACUGUUUGGACCUUCUGAACCCACUAUUCAAUCACGUUUCAUUGUGUUAGCUGCAGAAAAACCUUAAAAAUAUUUUUUUAAAAAUGAUUGUUGUUACUCCACCAUAAGUCCAGGACCAUAAGAUGGAAAAUUUGUGAUUAAUUCCACCAUGCAGUAAACAUAUUAUGAGCUGUGGGAGUCUGUGGGGAGUCAGUCGGCCAUUUUCCCCAGUUGUUAAUCCAUUCUUGUUUUCUGUUUGGACUGAAUUAAUCCUCCUGCCAGUGUAAUGCGGUCUGCAUUUUCAUUUGCAAACCUAAAAAGUUAAACAGGACAAUUGCAGUGUGAGCAGGGUCUGCUGUCUGUCUCACAGCAAAGAGCUUUGAAUUAGGGAUAACUCGCUUGACAGGCCCACAGAUGCAGCUGUAUGUCUGCUACACAAAGCACUUGUAAAGCGCCUCCACUUCCCCGCCUGUAUGCAGGCAGCCUUUUUUUUUUUCAAUGCUAGAGGACAGGGAGAUGCUGCUGCCGGCCUCUCUUCUCCUGUUGUUCCACACUGACAGAAUCACUUCCUCCACAAACUGAGGAGCUACAAGAGGGGUCAGCAAAGGUGCUGACCAGUUAUGAAGGGGCCUUUUCCUCGCGCAUUCCGCACAGACAGGAGACAGGCUUUGUUGGACAACACUGUCACAGCUGUGUGUGGGUGGGUGUGUUCGCUGGCAUUUAUCCUCCCACGGCUUCUUGCAGCCCUUUCAUAGCCUGUUUUAUUAAAGCACAGCUUCCACUGGCCAAAUGAGCACAAUGACUCAAAAACGAUUUGAAUUCUGUCACACUCUAAUAAGCUCAUAUGAUGUUUGAAUUGCUCCCCAAAUUAUUCCUACUCGUGCAAAAUUUUGAUUUGUAGAGAAGAUUCAUUACACCUUCUUUGGUUUUGUUUGAUUUCUUCUGGCUCAAAAUCACACAACCAAGUGACAAAAUGGGAAGAUAUUGUGUCAGAAAUGUUAAAUGAACAAAAAUAUUCAGACCACUUGAAAUUGUGUCAGAUUUUUGUGAAUAUGCAGCAUGCUGGUCUUGGUCAGCUGAUGUCGUGGAUCACUAGUCAGUGUUGCUGCACACAAGAAGACAAAAGACACUAAAAGAGUCCAGGUCUGAAUCCCAUCCAGAACCAACAACUUCCUGGACAUGGAGAGCCUCACUACAACUAGCAGAAAUCCCAGUGGAGACAUGCAGGAAGACUGUUAGCAAUUAUAGGAACUGUUUGAUUGAUGUGGUGGAAAAUAAAGGCUUCGUCAUCAAUUGCUGAGAAAGUAUGAAUCAUUUUGGACGUUACGCUUUUAGUAGGAUUGCCUUUUGUCACUUGUUUAUGUCGUUUCCGGCAAGAAGAAACCCAUUGUUCAAAAACAGAAUCAUUAUAAAUCCGGCUGAUAAUUUCAGGCUUAGGUGCAGCAUUUCCACAAUGGUGUGAUGUCGUCCAAUUCUUGAAAAUUAUGAAUGAGUGUGAUGAGUGUCUUUUAGAGCCGUUAAUAUAUUUGUGUAAUCAGUGAGAUUUUUUACUGCCUCGUGGUAUUCUAGAUCGUUGGGGUCAGAACAACAAAUUGGUGUUGUAAGAUAAUACUGCUUUGCUCCUGCACGUUUCUGAUGAAGUGUGAGAAAGGGUCCAGUGUUGGCAUGGCUUUGUCUUCAGGUGGAAAUCACUGCCCGAGAUGUAGUUUCAGAGGAUUUUCUCA